AAUAUCUUAACAUAGGAGUCCAUAAAUGUUAUCACCAUGGCAAACAUAUAGAGUCACGGCUGCUUCUUGUAAAAGAACAUGGUAUAUCAGAACAGACAUCGUAUGGGAUUCCUCAACAAGAUAAUUUCAUUGAUAUGGGACAUGUAUUUGAUCUUGACGAAGAGGGCUGCAGCUCAUCCCAAACUGUGGUGCUUCAGGGAUGUGCUGGGAUUGGGAAAACAGCUGUGGUGCACAAGUUCAUGUUUGACUGGGCAGCAGGAAUGGUUGCUCCAGGAAGGUUUGACUAUCUCAUCUAUGUUAACUGCAGAGAAAUAAGCCAUAUUGCUAACCUUAGUGCUGCUGACCUGAUCACUAACACUUUUCAAAAUAUAGAUGGACCAAUCCUGGACGUUAUUCUUGUGUGUCCAGAGAAGCUUCUUUUCAUUCUUGAUGGAUUUCCUGAGCUUCAGCACCCUGUAGGUAACCUGGAAGAAGAUCUUAGUGCUAACCCCCAGGAGCAGAAGCCAGUAGAAACCCUCUUACGUAGUUUUGUGAGGAAAAAAAUGUUCCCUGAAUCCUCCCUGCUGAUAACUGCCCGGCCUGCAACCAUGAAGAAGCUCCACUCUCUGUUAAAAGAACCUAUCCAGGCAGAGAUCAUUUGGUUUACAGAUGCUGAAAAGAGAGCAUAUUUCUUGAGUCAGUUUUCAGGUGCCAAUGCAGCAAUGGAAGUUUUUUAUGAGCUGCAACAAAAUGAAAGCCUUGACAUUAUGUCCUCUCUUCCCAUCAUCUCCUGGAUAAUCUGCAGUGUCCUGCAGUCACAGAAAGAUGGUGACAGGAGUCUUAUGGGAUCACUUCAGACAAUGACUGAUGUGUAUCUGUUCUACUUUUCCAAGUGCCUCAAGACCCUUACGGGCAUCUCAGUGUGGAAGGGACAAAGUUGCCUGUGGGGCCUUUGCUCUUUGGCUGCAGAGGGACUGCAGAACCAUCAGGUCCUAUUUGAAGUCCGUGACCUCAGGAGACAUGGGCUAGGGCUAUAUGAUAUCAAUUGUGCUUUUCUAAAUCACUUUUUGAAAAAAGUUGAAGAAAGUGUCAAUGUCUACACUUUCCUUCACUUCAGUUUCCAAGAGUUCUUAACUGCUGUGUUCUAUGCUCUGAAGAAUGACAGCAGAUGGAUGUUUUUUGAUCGAGUGGAGAAAACAUGGCAAGAAAUAUUCCACCAAUAUGGAAAAGGGUUUUCAUCAUUAACGAUACAGUUCUUGUUUGGCCUCUUACAUAAAGGAAAGGGAAAGGCUGUGGAAACUACUUUUGGAAGAAAAGUUUCCCCAGGACUUCGAGAGGAGUUAUUGAAAUGGACUGAGAAAGAAAUAAAGGAUAAAUAUUCUAGGUUACAGAUUGAGCCAAUGGACUUGUUUCACUGUUUGUAUGAGAUUCAGGAAGAAGAAUAUGCAGAAAAGAUAAUUGGUGAUUUACAAUCAAUUAUGUUGCUUCAACCUACCUACACAAAAAUGGACAUUCUGGCUAUGUCAUUCUGUGUAAAAAGCAGUCACAGUCACCUGUCAAUGUCUCUGAAGUGUCAGCACCUAAUUGGAUUUGAGGAGGAAGAGCGAGCCUCUGCAUUCAUGACACCAGUCUUUUCACUUAAUCAGCCCUUUGAGCUGCACAAUAUGCCAGUGUCUCGGCUACACUUCUUCUGCCAAGCACUAUGUAAUCCACACUGUAAAAUCAAAGACCUGAAACUGAUUUUCUGCCACCUCACAGCUUCUUAUGGUAGGGACCUCUCUUUAGUAUUUGAAACUAACCAGUAUUUGACAGAUUUGGAGUUUGUAAAAAAUACCCUGGAAGAUUCAGGAAUGAGGCUUCUGUGUGAAGGAUUAAAGCAGCCAAACUGUGUCUUACAGACAUUGAGGUUGUACCGAUGCCUUAUAUCUCCUGCUUCUUGUGGGGCACUAGCAGCUGUUCUCAGCACCAGUCAGUGGCUCACUGAUCUGGAAUUUAGGGAAACAAAAUUGGAAGCUUCAGCUCUGGAAUUGCUCUGUGAAGGCUUAAAAGAUCCAAAUUGCAAAUUACAGAAGCUCAAGUUGUGUGCUAGCUUUCUCCCUGAAAGCUCAGAGGUUGUUUGCAAGUAUCUUGCUUCUGUUCUCAUUUGCAAUACAAACCUCACUGAGCUUGACCUGAGUGAAAAUCCCCUGGGGGAUACAGGGGUGAAGUAUCUUUGUGAAGGUCUCAGACAUUCCAACUGUAAAGUGGAGAAACUAGACUUGAGCACAUGUUACCUAACAGAAGCUAGCUGUAUGGAGCUCUCUUCUUUCUUGCAAGUGAGUCAGACUUUAAAAGAGUUAUUUGUGUUCGCCAAUGCCCUGGGGGACAUAGGAGUACAGCAUCUCUGUGAAGGUCUGCAGCAUGCACAGGGUGUAAUCCAGAGUCUUGUGCUUUCUCAGUGUUCCCUUUCUGCGGCUUGUUGUGAAUCCCUCUCCCAAGUCUUGAGCUCCACCCGGAGCCUGACAAGGCUGCUUCUAAUUAAUAACAAAAUUGAAGAUCUGGGACUGAAAUUUCUGUGCGAAGGAUUAAAACAGCCUGACUGUCAGUUAAAAGAUCUGGCAUUAUGGGCCUGCCACCUGACUGGAGAGUGUUGUCAGGAUUUGUGCAAUGCACUCUACUCCAAUGAGUACCUGAGAGACCUUGACCUCAGUGAUAAUGCCUUAGGGGACGAGGGUAUGCAGGUGCUGUGCGAAGGGCUGAAACACCCCUCCUGCAAACUACAGACCUUGUGGUUAGCAGAAUGUCAUCUCACAGAUGCGAGCUGUGGAGCCCUUGCCUCUGUCCUCAACAGAAAUGAAAACUUAACGCUGCUAGACCUAAGUGGAAAUGACCUCAAGGAUUUUGGAGUGCAAAUGCUGUGUGAUGCACUGAUUCAGCCAAUAUGUAAACUACAAACAUUCUACAUUGACACGGACCAUUUACAUGAAGAAACAUUCAGAAAGAUGGAAGCUUUAAAAAUGAGCAAGCCUGGAAUCACCUUGUAGUUUCCAAGGAGAGCCCCUGAAUCAGCUGCAUAUAGUAGACCCCCUCCAUCUGCCACCAUCUUAACAGUUGUGCAGUAUUCUUAUUCUAAACCUGUUAACCUUUGCCAAGGACCCUAGUGUGAAACAGCAGCAGUGACUUCUAUUUCUUAGUUAGAAUCAUCCACAAAGUUGGAUGUGAAAGGCAGAGACACUUUAGUUCAAAUGUCUUCAGCAAUAAUACCUUACAUUCAUAUGUUGUGUUAUAAUGUUUACUAUGUUCUCACAGAAACCUUAAAAGUAAGAGGAUGAGGCUCAGAGAGGUUGUAACUAGCUCUAGGUCACACAGCUCAUUAGAGAAUUGGGACUGGAACCUAGCCAGGUUUACAAUACCCAGACCAGACAGGGAAAUAAUAGAAAAAGGAUGUGAAGGAGUCAACUUAAUGAAACAAGGAUUCGAUGAGGAGGGCACUUGUUGGGAUGAGCAGUGUUAUAUGGAAACCAACUUGAUAAUAAACUAUAAUUUAAAAAAACAAAAAAAAACCAUUUUACUAUGAAAAAAAGAAAAAAGUCAACUUAAAAAAACAAGAUACUUGAAAUGAUUAAAGGGCAAGAGGGUAUACAAACAUGUUAUAUCUUAUGGUGCUGAUUUUUUAAAAAGCUAUAAUUCACAAAGGAAAGAGAGAAAUGAGUUCUGGAAAGGCUUCAUGGAGAUGCAACUUGAUGCGGGCCUUGAGAAUGGGCAGGAUUGAGAUGGGGGACAUGCAUUGCUUAGUGGCUGUGAGACUGCAGGCAGCAGGGCUAUGUGUGUGAGCCACUCACCAAAAGCACCUAGGGAGAGAGAAAUGUGUGCCUUAGUUUCCUGAGCUGUGGCAGUAUCUGCAUUCUAGCUGAGGGUGCUCUCUAGUUCCCAGACUCAGCUCCCUUUCUGAACUUUUAAUACCUACCCUGUUGUUGUUCAUGGACUACUACGGCUGACUCACUCCUCACCCAUGACAGCAAAUUGCAUGGCCUUGCAUUGAUCCUACACAACCCCAUGUUUCUCUCUCUGCAUAGCUUCUACAAAACACUAGAUGAGACAAGUGGAGGAAGGAAAUACCACGCAAAGAAAAUAGCACAAAGUCCAUGAAAUAGGAAUUAAUAUGUUAUGGGAUGGGCAGAAAAGUAGGCCGGUCCAGUUGAGAUACAGAGUUGUCUCUGGAAGCUACUUGACUAGCUGUGUGACCUUGAACAUGUCACUUGGAUUCUAACAGUUUCUAUUUUCUUAUCUGUAAAAUGAGGAUAAAUUGGCAUUAAACUUGUUUGGCUAUUGUUCCCAACAUGGUGCCUACCCAUAGUAGGAACUAUCAUGGUAGCUAUUUGUAUGAGGCUAUAAAUGUAAUAUAACUCAGCUGUGUAGUCUUUGAGCUCUCAGAUUUUCCUGCUGUGUAGUCAGUGUUAACUGUGCAUUUGAACUAAAUAUGUGUGCUGGAGAUAGUAAAUCUAGUGGGUGAGCGCUGGGGAUGGUGAGUCUAGUGGGGGAAGAUCCACAUAGUGGAAGUGACUGCCUACAAGAGGUCUAGCUGCUCCAUGUCCUCGUCCGUCAUCACAUGUUGUUCCUUGCUGCCCUGGGAGAUGGUAACUUUUGGUUGGGAGACCACAUGUGGCCUGAGAUGGUCAAGACAGCACUUUGUUUCCAGUUUUCUUAAGUCCUUUCCUUUUAGUUAUUUAAGACUUAUUUAUUGAGAAUUAUUAUGUGCCAGGUUUUGUGCUAAGUGUUGGCUUUACAGAGAUGACUAUGCCUUUCCCUGUGCACAUCCCCCUCCAUCUUCUCUGACUGCCCUGGUCCCUCUGUGAGUCUGGUAAAAAGCUGAUAAAGCUCAGUCACAGUAAGACCUCAAGGAUAUAAUGUUGAAUGAAAAAUUGCAGUACUCCAUGUGUGGGUGUUUGUGUAUAUGUCCCAUUUGUAUCCAAAAGGACAAAUACACAUGUAUGUGUAUGUGUUCAGCAUAUGUGUGGAAGAAUAUUUACAGGAAAUUGCCAAUAGGUGUUAUCUCUCGUCAAGAGGAAUUUGGCAAAGAGGGGCAGUGAGAGAAGAGGAAAGGAGGUUUUCAUUUUUAUCUAUAGCCCUCUGUUCUACUUGAUGUUUUUACCAUAUGCAUGUAUUGAUUUUAUAAUUAAUAAACUUGAUGUUAAAAAUAAAA